UUUCUGAGGUUGUUUUCUAAUUUGUUUAUCUAUCUUUAAUGAGCCCAUUAUGGUUAAGCUCUCGGAGUGGUAUUAAUUACGAGUGAGCGAGAAUCGAAUUCAGAAUCAAAAAUAUUUAAAAAGUUUGAAUUUAUUUAUUAAGUUUGUGCUGUUCAGGGUCUGCAAGUAAAGUUCCUUUUUCUACCUUUAGACCCACAUUGUAGUUUGCUUUUAGCAUUCUGAAUCUACUCUCAAAUUACCCUUUUUGAGCUUUAAAUUUUGGAAGCCUUGUUUAGUUAUUCUGUGUGUAUAUAACAUACAUUCCCUUAGCAUUAGAAAAAGAAAGGGAGAAGGUUUGUUGUUCAUCUUUAGAAUUGAAGGAGAAAUGGAAGAGAGCUUUGUUCCGUUUCGCGGAAUCAAGAAUGAUGUUAAAGGAAGGUUGAUGUGCUACAAACAAGAUUGGACUAGUGGCUUCAUGUCAGGUGUAAGGAUUCUGGCCCCUACAACAUAUAUAUUUUUUGCUUCAGCAAUUCCUGUGAUAUCAUUUGGUGAACAGUUGGAAAGAAGUACAGAUGGGUCACUCACAGCAGUGCAAACCUUAGCUUCUACAGCAAUUUGUGGUAUUAUACACUCUAUAAUGGGAGGUCAGCCCUUGCUUAUUCUUGGAGUUGCAGAACCUACUGUACUUAUGUACACAUUCAUGUACAACUUUGCGAAAGAUAGACCAGAGUUGGGACCAAAGCUCUUCCUAGCUUGGACUGGAUGGGUAUGUGUUUGGACUGCAAUUUUAUUGUUCCUUUUGGCUAUUCUAGGAGCUUGUUCAAUCAUUAAUAGGUUCACUCGUCUGGCGGGAGAAUUGUUUGGACUACUAAUUGCAAUGCUUUUCAUGCAGGAGGCUAUAAAAGGAAUUAUUGAUGAAUUUCGUGUACCAAAUGGAGAAAAUCGUCAAUUGACAGAAUUUCUACCAUCAUGGAGGUUUGCAAAUGGAAUGUUUGCCCUGGUUAUGUCCUUUGGCCUCUUGCUCACUGCAUUGAAAAGUCGAAAAGCAAGAUCAUGGCGAUAUGGCUCUGGUCGGCUUCGGGGCCUCAUUGCAGAUUAUGGUGUUCCAUUGUUGGUGGUUGUCUGGACAGCUGCCUCUUAUAUUCCAUCUGGAAAUGUCCCAAAAGGAAUUCCAAGGCGACUCCUCAGCCCAAAUCCAUGGUCCCCUGGUGCAUAUGAGAACUGGACAGUCGUUAAGAAUAUGAUGCAAGUGCCUGUCCUCUACAUAAUUGGGGCUUUUGUUCCAGCCACUAUGAUUGCAGUUCUGUAUUAUUUUGACCACAGUGUAGCAUCUCAACUUGCUCAACAGAGUGAAUUUAACUUGCGGAAGCCUACUUCAUUUCAUUACGAUUUGUUUUUGUUAGGAUUCAUGGUCAUAUUGUGUGGCCUUACUGGAAUCCCCCCAUCAAAUGGUGUCAUUCCACAAUCUCCAAUGCAUACUAAAAGUUUGGCUACACUUAAGCAUCAGCUUCUUCGUAGUCGAUUGGUAACGACAGCACGCGAAUGUCUGGGCAAUAACAGUAGUCUAGAUCAAGUAUAUGGAAAGUUACAAGAAGCCUAUGAAGGGAUGCAGAGUCCAGUGCAUAACCAAGAGCCAUCAGCUCGAAGAUUAAAUGAAUUGAAAGACUCAACUAUCAAAUCAGCUUCCAGCAUGGGAAACAUUAAUGCUCCAGUUGAUGAGUCCGUUUUUGAUGUUGAGAAAGAGAUUGAUGAUUUGAUACCUGUUGAAGUAAAGGAACAGAGAGUCAGUAACUUACUGCAAUCUUUAAUGGUGGGAGGAUGUGUUGCAGCCAUGCCUCUGCUAAAAAAGAUCCCAACGUCAGUACUCUGGGGAUACUUCGCAUAUAUGGCUGUUGAAAGCUUACCCGGAAACCAGUUUUGGGAGCGGAUCUUACUACUAUUCACAGCUCCAAGUAGAAGAUACAAAAUAUUGGAGGACAACCACGCAACUUUUGUUGAAACUGUACCUUUCAAGACAAUUGCAUUUUUCACAAUAUUCCAGUCAGCUUAUUUGUUGAUCUGUUUCGGUAUCACCUGGAUUCCUCUUGCUGGGGUGUUGUUCCCUUUGAUAAUCAUGCUUCUGGUUCCUAUUAGACAAUACAUUUUACCCAAGUUUUUCAAAGAGGAACACCUUCAAGAUUUAGAUGCAGCAGAGUAUGAAGAGGCAGCUGCUUUACCAUAUAACCUUGCAAUGGACACAGAGAUGGGUUCCAGUGCUUCAUUUGCAGAUGAGAGGGAGAUUUUUGAUGGGGUGAUUACCAGAAGCCGGGGAGAGAUCAGACGUAUGUGCAGUGUGAAUCUGAAAGGAAGCAGCGAAAAACCAAAGAAAAGCUUCUUGAAGAGUUUCUCUGAUAUAGGAUACAAUCCUCGAGUAAGUGAAAUGAGAGGGGAUAUAAGUCCUAGGUUGGGAGGUAGACGGCCAUUUAGUCCCAGGACAACUGAAGGAAAACCUUCACAUUUAGGAAAACAUAUGUGAUAGUUUAGUAAAGGUAACAUCUCUGCCAAAAUUGGAUUCAUUUUUAGGAGAAAGUGUUCUAGGAGAUAGCUUGAUUGUAUGCAGCGGAUGGUUUGUCCUCUAUCACAUGUUUGUCUAGCCUCUGCAAACCACCAUGAAUAGAGCCUCAGCUCCGUAGCCAUGUAUAGGCACAGUAAAAGUUGUGUUUUGCGAGUUUUUGCAAAAAUAUCUUCCACGAUAUGUGUAUUCUCUUUAAAUAUGGCCUUUUCUUUUGUUUCAA